CUUUGGAUAGAUGCUAUUUGCAUCAACCGGGAAGACCUGGCAGAGCGCAGUCAGCAAGUGGUUAAUAUGGGCCAUAUUUGUUCAAAAGCAGGGCAGGUGCGGGUAUGGCUCGGGCCUAAUACCGAGCAGAAUCUGCUGGCAUUGCAAAGGCUGUCAGCAGGAGACUGGCCGUUUUUGCUCUAUGGUUUUGGCGAAUUUCGGAAGUCUCAGUUGACCACCGCGUUCGAAGAUUUACAAAUACUACCGUUUCUCACAGAUGAUUACCUCGCGCAGAUUCUCGCCAUACUGGGCUUGAAAUAUUGGUCGAGAAUAUGCCUAGUUCAAGAAUUAAUCUUGGCCCAGAGGCUUAUCAUCCAGUGCGGACAUACAUCUGUGCGAGGGGAGGACUUGGAGAGCUUUGAAAGGGCCGCAAGUCACAUCCGGCUGUUUUUUUUAACAAAGUAG